CCAGCGACUGCAUGGCUAAACACAGUUCUAACAAACUAGUGAAGUUUGACACAGUGGUGGUAGGCCUCAUUAGGAAGUGGAUACUCUCUCCACAUGGUGUCAUAUUAAUAAUCUCUCUCUGAAUGUCACUAAGGCUAAUGAGAUGAUCGUCGACUGUGGGAGGAAUCGAGUGAUUACAGCUCUUUGAUGAUUGAUGGGGCCACAGUUGAAAGGAGAAUGUCAGCGAGAGAGGGACUGAGGGCAGACUCGACCCACUUCACUUUAGAGGGAGCACCAUUUCUCAUCCUGGGAGGCUCCAUUCAUUACUUUCGGGUCCCAAAGGCAUACUGGAGAGACCGGCUGCUGAAACUGAAGGCCUGUGGUCUCAAUACUCUCACAACGUAUGUGCCAUGGAAUCUGCAUGAACCAGAAAGAGGAGUUUAUCUAUUUCAGGAGCAGCUGGAUAUGGAGGCGUAUAUUCGUCUUGCAGGGGAAUUAGGCCUCUGGGUGAUUCUGCGUCCAGGACCAUAUAUAUGUGCUGAGUGGGAUUUGGGUGGCUUACCAAGCUGGCUGCUGCAAGAUAAGAAAAUGAAAUUAAGAACGACUUACUCUGGUUUCACAAGUGCUGUGAACUCGUAUUUUGAUCAUCUGAUUCCGAGAAUCACACCCCUCCAGUUUAAGAAUGGAGGCCCUAUUAUUGCUGUUCAAGUAGAGAAUGAAUAUGGUUCAUAUGCGAAGGAUGAGCAAUACAUGUCGUUCAUUAAAGAGGCAUUACUGUCCCGGGGUAUCUCUGAGCUUCUUCUGACAUCAGACAACCACGACGGGUUAAAUUGUGGAGGGGUGGAUGGAGUCUUGCAGACAGUGAACCUGCAGAAACUAUCAUACGGUGAUGUACAACAUUUAGCAGAAUUGCAGCCAAAGAAGCCGCUGAUGGUGAUGGAGUAUUGGUCUGGGUGGUUUGAUGUAUGGGGAGAACCUCAUCAUGUUUUCGCUGCUCAAGAAAUGAUCUCCAUAGUGCGAGAGCUUCUGGAUCGUGGCAUCUCCAUCAAUUUUUACAUGUUUCAUGGAGGAACCAGCUUUGGAUUCAUGAACGGCGCAGUUGACCUGGGCACCUACAAACCACAGACGAGCAGCUACGAUUAUGAUGCUCCAUUGACUGAGAGCGGUGAUUAUACAACCAAGUAUCAUCUCUUGAGGAACCUGCUGAGCACCUACAACAAAGAGCCAAUAUCAGAGCCGCCAGCUGUGCAGAGCAGAAGAGCAUAUGAGCCAGUGGUUGUUUCUCAUUACAUUUCUCUAUGGGAGACUCUUCAGUGUGCAGAAACACAUUUCCGAGCUGAUGAUCCUAUCAGCAUGGAGAACCUUCCAGCAAACCACAACAAUGGUCAGUCCUAUGGGUAUACACUCUAUCAGACUGACAUUUAUUCAGGUGGAGAACUCAACUCAAGGAACCAUGUUCAUGACAGAGCUCUCGUGUUUAUUGACCAAGAACUGAUCGGUGUUUUGGACUACAGAACUCAGAAAGUUAAAAUAUCUCACAGUAAGAGUGAGAGGACCUUGAGUUUGCUUGUUGAGAACUGUGGGCGAGUGAACUAUGGUCCAGCCCUGGACAACCAACAGAAAGGGCUUAUUGGAGAUAUAACUCUGGAAGAUGUACCCCUAAAAAAGUUCUCCAUGUACUGUUUGGAUAUGAAGACCAGUUUCAUAAACAGACUGCAGUCACAGAAAUGGAUGUCUGUCGGUCAGAAGCCCACCUACCCUGCGUUUUUCAGGGGAACCCUGGUAGUGGAUCAGCCCACAGAUACUUUUGUGAAGCUGCCGAACUGGAGUAAAGGAGUGGUUUUUGUGAAUGGGCAAAAUCUUGGACGCCACUGGUCGGUUGGUCCUCAGAAAGCCCUCUAUCUCCCCGGUCCCUGGCUCAGGAGUGGCGAUAAUGAGAUUAUUGUUUUUGAGGAACUCAAAGCUGCGGAAACAAUCCAUUUUGCUGAAAAUCCAGAAUAUGGCAAGACAAUCGACGUAUCAACACAACUGUUUUGCACCCUUAUUUGAAACACACCUGCAGUUUUACAAUGUAGAUCUGAACAUAAAUUACUUGAGGCAAGACACAACAGAUGAAAAGGGUGAAAAUUUUGUAGAAGUAUAUCACCUUCCCAUUUGAUUUAUCACGGUACAUUAAGAAAAUUGUUUUGUAUCGCAAGAUUUCUAAAAUGUUUAAAUAUGUGAAUGAUGCGUUGUCUAGGUUUGUGCUAAUUUGCAUACAUUUUCAGAACAGAAAUCUAAACAUUGGAUAAAACCAGGUUCAAAAUUCUUGUUUCAUUUUAAGGUUUUUACAUGGAGGAUUUUGGAUGUCUCUUUUUUUAUCACUCCAUAAAUCAGAAAAUACUGUCAACAUCCAAAAAGCCUACAAAAAUCACCAUGUUUUUAUGAAAUAUAUAAAUCAAGCAAAUGUUAAAUGAACAAAUCCCUCUGUAAAAACUUUCAGAAUAUAAAUAGGAAUAAAACUGGAGCAUUUGGUGUAUGUAAGUGCUACUUAAGUGAGAAAACAGCCUUGGAAAGAUAUGUAUUGUAAUUGAAAUCUACAGAUGCAAAUAGAUACACUUUAUAUUCUUACUACUAACCUUAAUAUUCCUCCAGUACUAGCUGUAUUAACUAACUAAUCACGGAUCAUACACACAAGCACAACAUACAUUAGUUGCAACAGGACUGUCUAAACACAUAAUAUACUAUAUAAUAACUUUUAUUUCAGACUACCAAAUAUAAUUUAUAUUGACGAGGUUUGCUGACAUUUCACAAGUUUCCAAGAAAAUUAAAAAGAUCCUGGAAGAAACGUUUUGUUUUAUGCUUUUUUAUUACAUAUAUGUACGAAUGUGUAACCUGCAGUACAUAAUAAAGGUAAUGCUCCUGUCGAAGUUCAGAGUAAAGGUCAUUUCAGUGUUGAAUGUCGUACGGUGUCACCUGCAUACAUUGUGAUAACUUUAAAUAAAUGAGAAAAUAUAUGUAA